AUGCCCCCCCCUGCGCCCGGGGCCCGGCUCCGGCUUCUCGCCGCCGCCGCCCUGGCCGGCCUGGCCGUCAUCAGUCGAGGGCUGCUGUCCCAGAGCCUGGAGUUCAGCUCCCCUGCGGACAACUACACAGUGUGCGAAGGUGACAACGCCACGCUAAGCUGCUUCAUCGACGAGCAUGUGACCCGAGUGGCCUGGCUGAACCGCUCCAACAUCCUGUACGCGGGCAACGACCGCUGGACCAGUGACCCGAGGGUGCGGCUGCUCACCAACACGCCCGAGGAGUUCUCCAUCCUCAUCAGCCAGGUGGGGCUGGGCGACGAGGGCCUUUACACUUGCUCCUUCCAGACCCGCCACCAGCCGUACACCACUCAGGUCUACCUUAUCGUCCACGUCCCCGCCCGCAUCGUGAAUAUCUCUUCGCCUGUGACCGUGAACGAGGGGAGCAACGUGAACCUGCUCUGCCUGGCCGUGGGGCGGCCGGAGCCCACGGUCACCUGGAGGCAGCUCCGAGAUGGCUUCACCUCGGAAGGCGAGAUCCUCGAGAUUUACGACAUCCAGCGGGGCCAGGCCGGGGAAUACGAGUGCGUGACUCACAACGGGGUUAACUCUGCACCUGACAGCCGCCGCGUGCUGGUCACAGUCAACUAUCCUCCGACCAUCACGGACGUGACCAGCGCCCGCACAGCCGUGGGCCGGGCCGCCCUCCUGCGCUGCGAAGCUAUGGCGGUGCCCCCCGCGGAUUUCCAGUGGUACAAGGAUGACAGACUGCUGAGCAGUGGCACGGCCGAGGGCCUGAAGGUGCAGACGGAGCGCACCCGCUCGAUGCUUCUCUUCGCCAACGUGAGCGCCCGGCAUUACGGCAACUACACGUGUCGCGCAGCCAACCGGCUGGGAAUGUCCAGCGCCUCCAUGCGGCUCCUGCGCCCGGGAUCCCUGGAGAACUCGGCCCCGAGGCCCCCAGGGCCUCUGGCCCUCCUCUCCGCCCUGGGCUGGCUGUGGUGGAGGAUGUAG